AUGACAGCCUCGUCAUCUAACGAGGUAUUUUUAGUAUUUGGUGCGCAUAUUGACGAAGAAAAAUUAGGCAAUGGAUGGGUGUCUGGGCUGAUCCAGGAAGAGUUAUCGAAAAAUGGAGAUCGCUACCAAGCCUCGUCUGUACGAAUUGAAGACCGCGAAGCAGUUCUUCGCGAACUCGAUCGCGUGAAGCCUACCCGUGUGAUCAACACCGCUGGUAAAAGAGGCUUUCCGAACGCAGAUUGGUGUGAGGACCAUAAAGAUGCAGCAAUUCGAUCCAAUGUGAUCGGCGCUGCUAACUUGGUGGACUGUUGCUUCUUAAGAAAUGUUCAUAUUACUCAUUUCGCUUCCGCCUGCAUUUAUGAUGAAGAUGAAAGCCACCCUUUAGAUGGCCCGGGCUUUACUGAGGAGGAGCCACCAAAUUAUGCUGCCUCUUUCUACUCUUACUCAAAGCUUGUGUCAGAGCAGGCAAUCAAGAGUUACCCAAACGUUUUGAUCCUCCGUCUUCGCAACCCCCUUGCCGCGGAUCUUCAUCCAAUGAAUUUCAUCACGAAGCUCAUUAGAUACGAAAAGAUUGUUAAUGUUCCUAAUUCUGGGACCAUAAUGACGAACAUGACACCAGCUGCAGUCCUGCUUUCGAGACACCGUGAAACUGGCAUAUUCAACUUUACAAAUCCAGGGACAUUUACUCACAACGAGGUUAUGGAGUUUACGAAAAAGUUUAUUCGGCCCUCCCUAAGCUGGACAAAUUUCAGCCUCGAAGAGCAGAGAAAAGUUCUUAAAGCACCUCGCACGAAUGCCAAACUGGAUGCGUCCAAAUUAGUCAAGACAUUAGCGGGAUAUGGUUACACCAUCCUGGGCGCCCAGGAUGCGCUAGAAGAAGCUUUCGUCAUAAUGAAAGCCAAGGGAUAUAAAUGA